AUGGGUCUACAGUUCUGGCAAGAUAGAGAGAAAGAUGCUGCGAUCUUCGUGCGGGAAAAUAGUAGCUCACAAGAGAGUACCAUUCAAGGGGGCGAUGCCACAUAUACAGUAGCGGAAGGUAUCAAUUCCACCCGCGUAACAUAUCAAGAUGCCAACGGUGCACCCGUGGAGAAGAAUUCGCCAUUGGGAUACGAGGUUAGCUUUUGGACAAGUCUCUGCUUGAAUAUUAACCAGAUGGUUGGAACUGGCAUAUUUUCUACACCGGCCACUAUCCUACAAGGUGUUGGUUCCGUGGGUCUUUCUAUGAUCUACUGGUUUAUAGGAUACCUUCUUGCCGAGAGUACCCUGUCAGUUUACUUAGAAUUGGCAUCCUAUUUCCCUAGUCGAUCUGGAUCGGAAGUUGUGUAUCUCGAGCAAGCAUACCCCAAACCCGAAUACUUUUUCCCUACCACUUUUGCAGUCAAACAUGUUAUUUUUUCGUUUGGCAGUAGCAAUGCCGUCGUCUUUGCCGAGUACAUAUUUGGGAUUGCGGAUCAUACCUACACGAAUUGGCAGUUGAAGGGGGUUGCAGUUGCUACAUAUACAGUUGCAUUCUUAGUUGUGACCUUGAGUAACAAAUGGUCCUUGAGAUUCAUUGUUUGGUUUGGGUUCAUUAAAAUUGCGACCUUGCUAUUGAUCUCUAUUGCGGGAUUAGUCGUGCUUGGAGGGCAUACAAGGGUGGAAGACCCAAUGAUCAACUGGCGCAAUGCCUGGGAAGGGACAUCCUCAGCAAGCGCUUAUGGUGCGACCAAUGCCAUGGUCAAACUUAUCUUCUCCUAUUCCGGCUAUACCAACGCCUUCAGUGUGGUGAACGAGAUCAAGAACCCGAUCAAAACACUUCGCUGGAGCGCCCCUUUCUCACUAAUCCUUGUCACAUCUCUCUAUAUCCUUGUGAACGUUGCCUACUUUUCGGCCGCCUCAAGGGAAGAAGUGCUCAAUUCGAAGCAAAUCGCCGCGGGUCUUUUCUUUCAAAAGCUCUUCGGCACUAACGGAGCAUCCCGCGCACUGAAUGUGCUCAUUUGCAUCAGUGCAUUUGGCAACCUAUUGGCUGUUAUGGUUAGUUAUUCGAGGAUGCUUCGUGAAACUGGAAGACAGGGCGUUCUUCCCUGGACUAGGUUCUGGACUUUUACAAAGCCGUUUGGAACACCAUUGGGACCUUAUCUGGUUCAGUGGGCUAUAACCGUUAUCAUGAUUAUUGCGCCUCCCGCCGGAGACGCCUUCAACUUCGUUGUCGACCUUUCCGUUUACCCCACCAGUAUUUUUAACUUCCUCUUGGUGACUGGCCUGCUCUUAAUCCGCCGCCGUCGCAAUAAACUCAAUCUACCCCGGCCUGAAUAUCGGUCUUGGGCAAUUGCGAUUGCCUUUGCGCUUUUGGCCAACUUCUACUUGCUGGUUGCCCCCUGGUAUCCACCAACGGGAGGUUCAAAUGGCGGAGACGUUAGCUUCUGGUAUGGUACAUAUAUUGUGGUUGGUAUUGGACUGCUUGCGGCUUGCGGCAUAUACUAUUACCUCUGGAUUAAGGUGAUCCCUAAAUAUAAAGGGUACGAGUGGCGACAGACUGUGCUGGAAUUCGGCGAUGGGUCUGUUGCCCAUAACCUGGUCAAAGUCCCCGUUGCAGAACUGGAGCAGUGGAAUGAGGAGCAUGAUGCUGCUGGUCGACUACGCCAUCCGACAACGUACCAAACGAGUACCGAGUCGGAUUGA